GAAUCCCUGGCUCUUCCUCCCCCCCUCCUGUUGCUCUGAGAGGCUGGACUUGAUAAAUAAGAACAAGUGGAUUGAUUAAACGAGAGGGGAGGAGAGAAUAAAGAAAGGGGGUGAGUCGGGACAGGGGAUAUUUGGGUGGCUGGCGUCAGAAGUCGGAAUCAAUAGCCCGGUAAUUGGUGAAAGGGUGGCGAAGAAUAUGCUUCGGGAAGCGGCACCGUGAUAGGAGGACGCUGCUGUCACCAAAGUCACUAGUAAAAUACACUGCUACAACUAAGCUCAGCUAGCCAAACGGAAAAAAGCGGUGACUAAUAGCGAAUAAUUAAGGAAAGGGUAUAAAUAAAGCUGAGUGAGAGGGUGUGUGCGUGAGAGCAAGAGAGAUUAAAUCGACAAUAUAAAGCUGAAAAGUAAAAGGUGGUGUGAUUGUGGAGGGGGUAGUGGUGGUGGAGGGCCCUGGACGGCCAAAAGGUUCCCCCAGCGAGUGAGGGGCGAGGGCUGCCUUUCUCCACGCCUACAAAUACCAACGCUCGCUCCCCCAAGAACCCAAGCCAAGACUCAGCUCCUGCUCGAGGAGGACGAGAGUGAGCGAGUGGAGGAGAGGAUCUCUUGGUCGUCUCUCUUCCUCCCUGUCUGAAACGCUCCUCUCUCUCUAUCUCUGUCCUUCCAUCUAGUUAGUACCAACCAACCAACCAAGGGCUUCUUGGACUGUGGAUGUUAUCCUUGUUUGAGUGAUCUGUUGUACCUUUCCUUUCCGAACUUUACGGGUGUCUCUCGCGGCCCAAAGAUGUCGGUGGCUGUGCGCAGGAGUUCCUUCUCACCCUUCGAGGCCAUACUUAUGUCUAACAUAGCAAGAGAAACCCUACAGCUCUCGCCUGCGAAGUGGUUGCCGCCGGCAGAGCAAUACACGCCUGUCGAAACCCCGGUGGAAGCAGAGAAGGACGAUGACCGGCCCGGGCAAUUCGACAUAUGGAGCUCGAUCCAGUCCCAGAAGACCAAAGAGGCCGCAGCCGCCGCUCCUCCCCCGGCCCCUUAUGUCCACCCACUGGUGCGGCGGUCCUCCAGGCUGAUGAGCCAAAAAAGUCUGGAGAUCUGCACCGAGAGCCUCGGGUCCGAGACGGGCUCCGCCGACUUCUCCUCGUUGCUCGACGACUUCCACUCAUCCAAGAUUGAAGCAGAGGAGGAAGAACACAACCGACCCAUCUGCAACACGUUAAUGGCGGAAGUAGAAGUGCCACGUUUCAGAGUGGCCAAGCCGGUAGAAGAGCGACGAGUGCAGAUAAGCGAAAGGAAGGAGCUGGUGGAGGUGAAUUACCACUGCUCUAUUAGCAGGAGGUCACCUCCACGGUCGUUCCCACCUCCGCUCCCUUCCAUCUCCCGGCGCGAUGGGCCCUGCAUCCACAUGAGGCCGCACCGCCGCGACGGCCGCCUUGUCGUCGAGGCAGUCCCUGUCCGCUCGCAGAACUAUCUCCACGCCCAGCGGCAGGACGGCCGCCUUCUCCUUUGCUUCAUCGACGCCACCUUCACUGGUCCUGAUGACACCGAGACAGAUCCUUCCCACACGCUAGAGAUGACACAACCACAAGAACAAGAUGUUUUUGAGCCAAGUGAAGCAAAAGAAGAAGAAGAGGAGGAGGACAAUAAUGCAAUCUCAACGGCACUAACAGAAGAGGGAGAAUUGGAAGAAGAGAAGAAUUGUUAUGAAGGGGAGGAAGAGGAGGAGGAGGAGGAGGAGGUAGAGGAAGAAGUGGAAGUAGUGGAUAGAGGAACAGUGGUAGAGGUGAAGGUCAGCACACAACCCCAGCAACAGAUCGGCGCGAUAAAGUUGCAGCGGACGUCGUCGUUCGUGAUCAACAAAUUCGUCGGGGCCAGCGAGACCCGGUGGGCCGAGAAGAUGGCAGAAUGCAAGGCGAUAGCACCCGACAAACAAGAAAUCCACCAAGACCACCGCAACACCGCGUCGGCACGACGGGUGGCACCGACCACCACCACGGCUGCGGCGGCGGCGGCGGCGGCCUCCACCUUCAGCACCUCCUCGGAGGGCUACUACCACUCGUUCCACGGUAGGGGGCCGCGGCUCGGUGGCGGGUUCCACCCGCCGCUGGACGACAACAAGCUGCUGUUCACGUCGAAGCGGCGGAACCGGGAGGAGCUGCUGCACCACAUGAUGAGGUGCAGCCACCAGUGGAGGCCGCUCUUCAUUCUGGAGCCCUGUUGCAUUGCCACCUCCUCCUGAGUUGCUGCCUCACAUCCAUGAGAUCCUUCCAUUAAUUAUCCUGUUAAUUGCCCGGCCAACCUCUGUUAUUGUCUUCACCUUAUCUACUAAAUUAAUUAUUGUUAUUAAGAUGGUCAUCGGCCAUUGGUACGUGCUGUCCGGAAUAACCCAUGUAUGCAAAGCUCUCACAGUCUACUCGCUGUAGAGCUUUCUAUAUAUCAUCCAUUAGCGUGCUCUUUCUCCCCUUUUUUAACUUUCUAUAUUAUGAUUAAUGAUAAAUCUUGUUAAUUAAUUAAGUAAUUA